AUGCGGAUCCCGCAUUUGAAAAACGAGUCCGCUUCCGAGCUCCAUUCCUUCGUCGAUGAAACUCAGCGAAUAGCUCGUGCGUUGGCAAAUUUAAAAUUACCAGUGGAGCAUUGGGACGUCUGGCUUGUCUUCGUGCUCUCUGAACGCUUAAAUUCGGAGUCGCGAAGGUUGUGGGAAGCGCAGCUGAGCCAGGGUGACCUCUCGGAGGGUACAAGCUCUCUUGGUUCACUCCCGAAAUGCACGGAUUUGAUAAAGUUUUUGGAACGGAGAACUCAGGCCCUGAAUAUGAUCGCGCUCGAAUGUCGAACGGAGAAGAGGUCGGCUUCAGCACCUUCUGCGGGACCGCAACCUCGCAAGGUUUUCCACGCUAGAUCUCCUCGAUCACCGAAGCCAACGCCGUACAAAUGCUCGCUCUGCUCCGGUACUCACCCCAUCUUAAAGUGCUUCAAGUUUCAGGCGAAGGCUCCUUCUGAGCGGUCCGCUAGUAUUAGACAAUUGCGGCUUCGUUUCAAUUGUCUGAAACCAAAUCAGGCGAGAGAUUGUCCGUCAAGCGGAAGAUGCGCGGUUUGUCAAGGACGACAUCACACGAUCUUGCAUCGCGGCGUUCGAGGAAAAUCUCAAGGGUCGAGCCGAAGUUCGGGAGGUUCUCGAGGCCCAGAAGGAGGUGGAUCUUCGGCACCUCCCCCUGUCGUAAGCUUGCAUGCGACGUGA